CCGCGCGCCACGUGACUCGGCUGCCAAGUGCGCUCCCGAGUUUGACAGAAGUUUGAAUCGGACUCGGGGGCUCUCUGCAGACGGUGGGGCAGAGCGACGGUCGCGCGCCUGCAGCCCACCCCGCCAGCCUGGAUCCCGGGCCCCCGACGGCAGCCCGCGCACCCGCACCGCCAGCCCGCCCCGCCGCCGCUCCGCAGUCCGCAGCCCGCCCGCGCUGCCCGCAGCGUCCAGCCCCGCUGAGCCCGCAGCAUGUCCUCGACGGAGAGCCCGAGCCGCGCGGCGGACAAGUCGCCGCGCCAGCAGGUGGAUCGCCUGCUCGUGGGGCUGCGCUGGCGACGGCUGGAGGAGCCCCUGGGCUUCAUCAAAGUUCUCCAGUGGCUCUUUGCUAUUUUCGCCUUCGGGUCCUGCGGCUCCUACAGCGGCGAGACAGGAGCACUGGUUCGUUGCAACAACGAGGCCAAAGACGUGAGCGCCAUCAUUGUUUCAUUCGGCUAUCCGUUCAGGUUGAACCGGGUCCAGUAUGAGAUGCCCUUCUGUGAGGAUGACACUUCCAAGACCAUGCAUCUCUUGGGGGACUUCUCUGCCCCCGCCGAGUUCUUUGUGACCCUGGGCAUCUUUUCCUUCUUCUAUACCAUGGCUGCGCUCAUCCUCUACCUACGUUUCCAUGUACUCUACACAGAGAACCGGCGCUUUCCGUUGGUGGACUUCUGUGUGACAGUCUCCUUUACCUUCUUCUGGCUGGUAGCUGCAGCUGCUUGGGGCAAGGGCCUGACAGAUGUCAAGGGUGCCACGAGGCCCUCCAGCCUGAUUGCAGCCAUGUCCGUGUGCCAUGGAGACAACGCGGUGUGCAGUGCCGGGGCCACGCCCUCCAUGGGACUGGCCAACCUCUCUGUGCUCUUUGGCUUCAUCAACUUCUUCCUGUGGGCCGGGAACUGUUGGUUUGUGUUCAAGGAGACCCCAUGGCACGGGCAGGGCCAGGAACAAGCCCAGAGCCCCAACCAGGAGAGCGCUGCAGAGCAGGGUGCGGUGGAGAAGCAGUAAGCUGGGGGACCCCAGCUCCCUCCCCGACCUGGACAACACCUCUUCAGCCACCUCCAGCUCCCAGGACAGCCCUCUCCCCCUCCAGGGUCCUCCCCCAGUGUUCUGGACUUUGAGUUUUGGAGGCGUCAGCUGUCAGAAACCUGGGCAGCCCUUCCGGUGGCCCUUGGUGGAACCCUGAUGGCAAGAGCCCAGUGAAUCUUGUCUGGAAUCAGGCGUCUCACUUAGGGUCUUACUCGGACCUUCCUUACAGCCUGAGCACCAUGGCAGCAGGUGAGGGCUGGGGACAGGAGAACAUUAUGCUGACAUUGGUGCCCAACAGUCCUUCCAGCAAUCUGUCCAGCUUCAAUAAAAGAGGGGAUUGGGGAAACUGGCCGGCAGCUCUCUCCCUGGUUUCUUACACAGAGGGCACUCCGGGGGUUAGCAGCCUCUCCUGAACGGCUGUUGUCCAGGCCUGUAUCUGCACUGACCUUCAGCCGGCCAGCUCAGAAUGCUUCCCCCACUCUCCUCUGGCCACUACCUGUCCCCAGAGCACCCACCGGGAAGCAGGCAGCCCAACUACCCUGGAAAACAGCCCUAAAUUCAGUGGAGGCUGCAGGGGCCGAGAUAAACCAUCAGAGGCAAAGUAGAUAAAUUGUGACUCAGUUACAGCCUUAAGAAACUCAAGGCAGGAGGCUUGCUGGUGAAUGAUUUUCUUCUACUGGGGAGUGAGGAUGCAGGAGUAAUAUUAGGGCUAGGGAACUGGUCACCUCUGGACUCACACUUGCCCUUGAAACUCUUCCCCUCUGAUCCAUUCUUCUCCUUGGACUUGGUCUCACACUUGGGACGCAAGCUGUUGGUCCAUUUUCAAAUGUCCAUCUCCUUUCUCCUGCCUUUAGGUUGGAGGCAUUUAUGAGUAACUUCCAAGUCUGUCCAGGCCUCCUUUCAUUCCUACAGGGCCAGAGAAGGACUUUGGACGAACCCAAAGGACCAUCCAAAGCCCCAUUGCUCCAGGCCCUGGGUCAUGAAUGGCUGGGCUCAUUUCUUCUCUUUCCCAGCCCCUCUCCUGGCUCCCUCUCACACUUCCCCGUAUUACAUGAUGAAAGGACAGGCCCCCUUUCCUCCCCUGCCUCCUUACUCCCAGGUGCUGUCCCUUUCCCAGUCCAGGGCAGACUCAUCCUAUUGGUGCUUCUUCACUUCGGGACCCAGUUCCAUAUUUUUCAUUGCUGUGUCCCCUCUUCCUGACAUCUCCUUCGGUCUCUCUCUGGACCCCAAGACUUGAGAGCCAGCACUGACCGAAUAAGGGCUGCUUGGGGCUGCCACCCAGCUUGAAGCCCUUCCAUCAGCCCUGGCCAUAGAGACACCCAGGGCGAGAUGACAAAGGAAGACUCCAGCCAUUUUCCAGUCCAGUGCCAAUUGGCCCAUUUAUCAUCCCAACAGUGCCUGUGCCCCAGGCCACUCUUUUCUCAGGACAGACUUACCCCCUCCUGUCUCCUCUCUGCCACCCACAGCUUGGCCUGUGCAUUACUGGGGUGUCUGGGAGUCAGGCCUUUUAACUUCGGGCCAGUUGCUUCUUCUUUGGCUCAGAAAUUCCCCCCAUUUGGGGGGAUAAGCACACCCUAGACAGUCCAGCUCUUCAGUGAGAGAACUAGGCAUUUGGUUGGGUUAGGUGUUUUCAAUUUGGGGGAAGGAAUUCGAGAAGUGAUAAAAUAGGGGGGUGGGAGAGAACAUGGGUCUGACCCUCUGUCCCAAGCCAUACUUAUGGUUCCUUGAGGACAAGGGGAGCAAUUUCACCUACAGCCCCCACCUCAAGACACAGACAACAAAGGAGUGACCUUCACUUUUCUUCAGGCUGGCCCCUAUCAGGGUCUUUCUACUGGAACUUUGUUUGGAUUCUGUGUAUGUAUUUAUAACUUGUUUGAAAUGUGAGGGAUAAAGUAUUCUGGGUGAGGUGGGGCAUUAAUGGUAGGAACUGGCCCUCCAGAGAAUGGAAGGGAGUGGGAGUGGGGAGUAACAGGCUACUAGCACCAAGGCUGCUAGUACAGAAUGCUUCCUGCCUUGGUCUUAGCCCCAACAGCCUUGAUUUCAGUGGUGGCCUCUCUCUGAGGCCCUCUCCCUCAUUACAAUAUCCCCUUCAGCAGGGCUGGCAUCUCUGCUUGGCCUGGUGAGGCCUAAGGCAGGAGCCGGUGUCUGGUUUCUCCAGCAGCUUCUGGAGGCUGAGGCACUUGCCCUUUGUCCUAGUGAACUAUGACCCUGCCAGGGCACACAUCUAGGACCUUCCCAGAACAGGAGUUCCUACCACCAUCAUAUUCACAGCCUUCUACCUUCAUGGAUGCAGGUAGAAGGGAGGGCUGGGGGGAGAGUGAAUGCUGCAUGUUGUUUUCUGGUGCUUG